AUGCAUAUCAGUUACCCAUGGGAUAGCGUCACUCUAGCAUUCUGGCUACGCUACCCUAACCCGUUUGCAAGUCAUGUCUUAAGUGUCGACGUUAUCGACAGACAUGUUGAUCAGAAGACGGGAACAUUAAGAACCACGAGAUUGAUAUUGAAAUGGGGCGGGUUGAGCGUUUUACCGAAGUGGGGAAGAGGGCUUGUGAAAAAUCCAAUCGCUCUCGUACUCGAAGAAUCCGAAAUAAAUCCUCAUGCCCAAACCAUGACGACACUGACGCGUAACAUAACCCACGCAAGAAUGAUGCAAGUGGAAGAAUGGCAGACUUUUCGAGUCGAUCCAAACGAUAGCGGGAAGACGCAGGUGAAAAGUGAGGCGAGGAUUAUUAGUAAACUUGGGUGGGGAUUAACGGAGAGAAUCGAGCGAUUUGGGGUUAGAAAGUUUGCAGAUAAUACCAAAAAGGUUAGUAUUCAAAAGAGAGAAGCAGGCUUGUUUGAAGCUGGAUAUGGAAAGCAAGAAACCACAUACGAAAGAUGUACAUGGCAAUUAUAA